UCCAUAUGUGUGCAAAAAGCCACUUCACUGUUUUCAGAGGAGCUGCCCUUACGCAAUACUUUUUCUAUUUCCCUGUUAGUAUCAGCGCCUCUCGUGCCUCUAAUACUUUGGAAAAUCUAUGCAGGAAUAUCAGAGAUUUCAGACUUACAGAAAGGAGGGCUGUCUGCUGCGCUCUGCAGACUGUGUGAAGACAGAUUUGUCCAAGUCUUUGAUCUACAACAGGCCACAAUGCGAGGAAUUAAUGCCGUUUUACUCUUAUUCAUCUUUGUUUACUGCAUAUGGGCUAAGAAGAUGCGUUGGUGCACAGUGUCAGAUCCUGAACAGCGGAAGUGUGCAGAACUGGCUAAAGCUUUGGUGGCAGUGCUGCCGCCAGCCACUGUGGCAGCUUUUGCCAGACUCUCAUGCAUUCGUGCAUCCAGCACAACUGACUGCAUCGAUAGGAUCAGGGGGAAUCGUGCAGAUAUAGUGACAUUAGAUGCAGGAGAACUUUAUUCUGCUGUGAAGCAGUUCGGCCUCGUUGCCAUCGCCAAAGAGAUAUACAGUGAUGGAGGCUGCAUUCUGUCUGUGGCUGUGGUGAGAAACAGCAGCUUAGACAUCAGAUCCCUGAAAGGUCACAGGAGCUGUCACAGUGGAGUUCGAUGGACAGCUGGAUGGAGUCUUCCACUUGGCUUCCUGCUGUCCCGCAACUACCUGAGCUGGUCAAAGGAGCAGCCGCUCAGUCAGGACGUCAGUACUUUUUUCCGUGCUAGUUGUAUCCCUGGAGCGGCUGCUAUGGCAGCACCUCUGUGCGCUCUGUGCCAAGGCCAGAAGUCCUACAUCCGCCAGAAGAAUUACCACUGCGAAACGUCCCACAGCGAGCCCUUCUACAACAGCCAAGGAGCCCUCAGAUGUCUCAGGAGCGGGGCAGGGGAUGUUGCAUUUGUGGACCAUUUAGCCCUUCAAAGUAUUGAAGAGCAUGAGCAGGACGAGUUCAAAUUACUGUGCACAGAUGGCACACAAGCUCCUCUCAGCCACUACAGAAACUGUAAUCUGGGACGUGGUCCAGGAUCAGGCAUGGUCUCCAGAUUUAACUUUCGCAAGAUUGCUCGCAAGUUUCUGUUAGCAGUCCAGGUGCUGUUUGGCCACCGAGGAAGAGAGAGACAGCGCUUCCAACUCUUCAACUCGUCAAUUUUUGGUGAAAAUGACCUUCUCUUCAAAGAUGUGACAGAUAAACUCGCAGUUCUGGCAGAUGAUAUGGAUGUCAGUCAGGUGCUGGGGCUGGAUUAUGUUGCACUCCUCAAAGGUCUUGGACAUGAAGGAAGCUCAUUGGAGGACAGUGUUGUGCGUUGGUGCUGCAUCAGUCAUGCAGAGCAGAAGAAAUGUGAGCAAUGGGCUCUCAGUAUAAAAUCUGACCCGCUGGUGUGCGUAAGAGCUGUCUCAAUGCGUGACUGUGUGGAAAAGAUUAAGAGGGACGAGGUGGACGCAGUCUCUCUGGAUGCAACUCACUCUUUCAUUGCAGGGAAGUGUGGUCUCGUCCCUGUAGUUACAGAAUAUUAUGGAAGCAAAUGCGUGCUGGCUGAAGGAUCGACCCACUUAGAGACGGAUGUGUUGCCCUCAGUGGUGGGUGUCGCUGUUGCAAAGCGAUCCAGCAGAAGCAUAUUCAUCGGGAACCUCGGAGGCCGUCGCUCCUGUCAUGGCCACAUGUACAGCCCUGCAGGCUGGCUGCUGCCAUACAGACACACGUUAAGUCUGGAGCAUAACAGCAGCUCCCCCUGUGAUCCAAACCAAGUGUACAACGGGGUGUUUUGGAAAGGUUGUCUUCCUGGCUCUCAGGGGAAUCUGUGUAAAGUGUGUAUGGGCGGCACAGGGGAAGCUGCAACUAAACGCUGUGCCGACAACCACAAUGAGCGUUACUAUGGCAACAUGGGGGCUUUGAGGUGUCUGGUUGGAGAUCCCAGCGGCAAAAGUUACGGUGACGUGGCUUUCCUUGAGCAACACAACCUUCAGGCUAAUAUUCUCAGUUUGAGUUCCACCGGUUGGGCAGAUGGGUGGACGACAUCAGACUUUGAGCUUCUGUGUUACGACGGUCGUCGGGCCCCGCUGUCAGAGUGGGAGAGCUGUAAUCUGGGAGUCAUCCCGCCUAACACUAUCAUGACACGGCCGGUGCUCACAACGCGAGUAUACGACUUCCUCAUGAAGUCACAGGAAACUUUGGCAGCCAACCCAAACACAGAGUUCAAGCUCUUUGAGUCUCAGCAAUACGGAGAAAGCGAUCUGCUGUUCAAAGACGCAACGCAGUGUUUCGUCCACACGAGCCACAUGGACCACCGCUCCAUCCUUGGAGAGGAGUUUUACAAUCACGCAGAAACCGUCUUCAACUGCACACAUUCUGAUAUCUUGGAGUUUUGCAAUCAGGACGUGUGCCACAUUUUCUAACGGACACACAGAAGGAAACUUCUGUGCUACUCAGCGGUUGAACUCUUCAUUCACACAUUUGUUUUACCCAUAUCUGAUGACCACAAACCAUCAACCGUAUUGUCCUGUUCAACCAGAGAUCAAAGUCAAA